AUGGCAGGCUCUGUGUUGUACGGCCUUGUUGGCCUCCUCGCUUGGGGACAAGUGAUCAACGCCCAGGACAUUAUUACCGAUGAUACCGUCUUCUACGGCCAAAGCCCACCGGUAUACCCAAGCCCGAAUGGCACUGGCAGCGGCGAUUGGGGCGAGGCAUAUACCAAGGCAAGAGCUUUUGUUGGACAGUUGACUCUCGAGGAAAAGGUCAACCUGACCGGCGGAAUCACCUCGUCAACUGGCUGCUCGGGCUUCAUUGCCUCCAUCCCGCGCCUUAAUUUCCCAGGGCUGUGUCUCUCCGACGCAGGCAACGGCUUGCGGAGCGCAGACUACGUCUCCGCGUGGGCAGCUGGCUGGUCUGUCGGCGCGUCCUGGAACCGAGCAUUGGCCCAUGAGCGUGCUGUCGGAAUGGGCCAAGAGUUCUACAAGAAAGGGUCCAAUGUUAUGCUAGGUCCAGUUGUCGGUCCUCUAGGUCGGAUCGCGUCCAGCGGAAGGAAUUGGGAAGGGUUCUCAAAUGACCCAUAUCUGACGGGCCAACUCGCCUACGAGACUGUUGUGGGGGUGCAGUCCACCGGUGUUAUUACCAGCGUAAAGCACUUCAUCGGCAACGAACAGGAGACAUAUCGCAAUCCUGAUGGCAAUGUCUCCUCCGUGUCGUCCAACAUCGACGAUAAGACUAUUCACGAGUUGUACCUUUACACCCAGAACGGCCUCUUGAAGACGGAACUCGGGUUCCAGGGCUUUGUCGUGUCGGACUGGUUUGGCCAGCACUCUGGCGUUGCGUCGGCGCUUGCCGGUCUUGAUAUGGUUAUGCCCAGCGGGGCCACAUAUUGGGGAUCCUACCUGGUUGAAGCAGUGAACAACGGUUCAGUGCCCGAGGUGAGGUUGGAUGACAUGGCAACACGGAUCAUUGCGGCAUGGUACCAGAUGGGCCAGGACUCCAGUGAUCUUCCUGAGCCAGGCUCUGGAAUUCCCGAGGAUUUGUCCCAGCCACACACGAGGGUGAUCGGAUGGAACGCCUCCUUCAAGGAUACCCUCUACCGAGGUGCGCUCGAAGGUCACGUUCUCGUGAAGAACGAGGGCGCCUUGCCGCUCAAGUCUCCCGAACUCAUCUCCGUUUUCGGAUAUUCCGCCAAGACACCAGACCAGUAUAACUACGGUGUAUUUGGUUUCAACGGCGGCUCAUAUCCACUGGCGUACGGCUUGGACUACAACGGGACAGGCAGCUUUAUAAGUGGCGUCACAUCUGGCAUUGCACGGAACGGUACAAUCAUCUCGGGUGGAGGCUCUGGGGCGAGCCAACCUCCGUGGAUUUCCUCUCCCUUCCAGGCGCUUACAGAGCGAGCGCAAGAAGACCUAACCGCACUGUACUGGGACUUCCACAGCACCAACCCGUAUGUCGAUGCCACCUCCGACGCUUGCAUUGUCGACGUCAACGUUUUUGCUACAGAGGGCUCAGACAGGCCGAGUCUGAGGGACGAUUACACGGACAGUAUCAUACUGAACGUGGCCGCUAAUUGCAGCAACACAAUUGUCAUCUUCCAAAACUCGGGCGUCCGGCUCGUGGAUCAGUUUAUCGACCACCCGAAUGUGACCGCGCUGAUCUUUGCGCACGUUCCGGGGCAGGACAGCGGCAAGGCGCUCGUGUCGCUGCUGUACGGCGACGAGAACUUCAGCGGCAAGCUCCCGUACAGCGUGCCGCGGAACGAGAGCGACUACGCGGGUCUGCAGAACGCCACGCAGCCUGACGGAAUCUACGCGCUCUUCCCGCAGAGCGACUUCUCAGAAGGCGUGUACAUCGACUACCGCGCUUUCGAUGCCAAGAACAUCACGCCCCGGUACGAGUUUGGUUUCGGUCUGAGCUACACCAGCUUCGAGUUCGGCGACUUGGCCUCUUCAAAGGCCUCAAAUGUCAGCACCGACUCGUAUCCCACCGGCGAGGUGGUCGAGGGCGGGCAAGUUGACCUGUGGGAUGUCGUGGCCACCGUAUCCGCGACGGUGACGAACACGGGCAACGUAACAGGCGCCGAGGUUGCACAGCUAUAUGUGGGGAUUGAGGGUGGCCCCGUCAAGCAGCUGCGCGGGUUUGAGAAGCUAGUUCUGGAGCCGGGCCAGAGCUCGACGGUGGAGUUCCCGUUGACAAGACGAGACCUGAGCACGUGGGACGUCACGGCGCAAAAGUGGCUGCUGCAGAAGGGAGACUACCCGCUCUACGUAGGAUCGAGCAGUCGGGACCUGCCGCUGACAGGCACUUUGACGAUCUAG